GAGCAGCAGGGUGCGCUGCGGCGCGCGCUCGCCGAGGAGCGGCGCCGAGGCGAGGCGCUGCGCCAGCAGCUGGAGGAGCUCCGCGACGCGAGCCAGGACGAGUCAGCUCAGGCGGGCCACAACGCCCUCGUGCUGGAGGAGGAGCUCUCCAAGGUGCUGGAGGAGCACGCCGCGCUGCGUGGGGCCCUCCGCAGGGCCGGCGAGCGCGCGGAGGCCGACCGCGCGGCCGCGCUGCUGUCCGAGCAGCGGGGCGUGGAGCUCGGGCGGCGGCUGCAGGAGGCGCGGCAGGUGUGCGCCGAGCUCGUGGAGGAUCGGCAGCGCCGCUUCGUGGAGCUCCAGGCGCGGAACGCGGCGCGGAAGGACGACGUGGCGCGUCUGCAGGAGGCGCUCGAGCAGCGCCGGGCGAUGGCGCAGCUGGCCCAGGCGGAGCUCGAGCAAGCAAUUCGCCAGCGCAGGGAGAGCCUGGCCGCCGCCGUCGCCUAG